CUUGUAUCUAUUCGUUCUUGCGGACUUGUUCGCUGCAUACUUUUAUUGACGUCCAAGUCAUUCAAAGAUACUCCCGACUCGUCAUGCUCUUCAAUGGUAGUCUCUUUUUUGGAGUUGCUAUUUUAAGCAGUCUUGCGGUCGCCUUUCCAUCCUCACAGAAUUCUCGUUCACUCCAUGAACCGAGAUUGUUCCCAAGAGCGAGUUGCUCUGGAAAUACUGCAUCUACUCGUUCGGAAUGGUGCGACUAUUCGAUCGAUACAGAUUAUACGUCUGAGGCUCCCGACACCGGUGUAACUCGGGAAUACUGGCUCGAGCUUACUGAUGUGACAGUCGCUCCAGACGGCAUAUCCCGCUAUGCCCAAGCUGUCAACGGAUCUAUCCCUGGCCCCACUCUUUUUGCGGACUGGGGAGAUACAGUAGUUGUACAUGUCACAAACUCUCUGACUACUUCACAAAACGGGACGAGCAUCCAUUUCCAUGGCAUCCGUCAAAACUAUACCAACGACCAGGACGGCGUGUCUUCUAUUACACAAUGUCCUACUGCUCCUGGAAGCUCGAUCACAUACACUUGGAAAGCAGUCCAGUAUGGAUCGACUUGGUAUCAUUCCCAUUUCGCGCUGCAGGCCUGGGAAGGGAUUUUUGGUGGGAUCGUCAUCAAUGGCCCUGCCACGGCAGACUAUGAUGAAGAUCUUGGGAUGCUAUUUCUGAACGAUUGGGAUCAUCAAACUGUAGACGAGCUGUAUAUCACUGCAGAGUCAAGCGGACCUCCCACACUAGACACUGGUCUUAUCAAUGGCACUAACACGUACGAUGAUGGAGGAUACAGAUAUAACGUAUCCUUCACCUCGGACACCUCGUACCGCAUUAGGCUCGUCAACGCCGCAGUGGACACACACUGGAAGUUCAUGGUCGACAACCACACCAUGCAAGUCAUUGCAUCAGAUCUAGUGCCAAUCGAACCUUACAACACCACUAUAUUAGACAUUGCAAUGGGUCAGCGUUACGACAUCAUUAUCACCGCUGACCAAGCAUCCGUCGCCGACAACUUUUGGAUGCGUGCAAUCCCGCAGUCUGCAUGUUCUGAAAACGACAACGAAGACGAUAUCCGCGGCAUCGUAUACUAUGGAACCUCACCUUCCACGCCAACCACAUCAGCAUACUCCUACGAUGAUGGCUGCGACGAUGAAACUGACAACCUGACUCCCUACCUCUCCAAGACCGUCGAAACCUCGUCGACUAACGAGCUCGAGACUGCUAGCGUUGGAUUGAACGACGAUAAUCUCUUCCGCUGGUACAUGAACAGCACCACCAUGGUCGUAGAAUGGGCCAAUCCUACCUUGCUCCAAAUCCUUGACGGCGACACCACAUUCAAUACUUCUAACGCGGUCCUUGAACUCCCAACUGCUGACGUCUGGAUCUACGUCAUUAUCGAAACAACACAAGCCGUGCCCCACCCCAUCCAUCUACACGGCCACGAUUUCGCCAUCCUCGCGCAAGGCUCUGGUACAUAUUCCUCCUCAAUUACGCUGAAUCUCGACAACCCCCCGCGACGUGAUACCGCUCUGCUUCCGGCCUCUGGGUAUCUGGUGUUGGCUUUCCAGACAGAUAAUCCGGGGGCUUGGUUGAUGCAUUGUCAUAUUGGGUGGCAUACAAGUGAGGGAUUUGGGAUUCAGUUUAUAGAGAGGUAUGAUGAAAUUGCGGGGAUUACGGAUCAGACGAGCUUGGAGAGUAAUUGUGAGAGCUGGAGUGAUUAUCAGAGUGAGAAUAGUAUUGUGCAGGACGAUUCGGGACUUUAG